UUUCUUUUUUUUUUCUUCUAUUCUUUCUUUUCUCUUAGUUGUUAUCAUUUGUCAUCUUAUCUUAACACAACUCACAUCUUAAUAAUAAACGAAUCAUGUCUUUAAAGCGUAUUAACAAGGAAUUAUCUGACUUAGGAAGAGAUCCACCAUCUUCAUGUUCUGCUGGUCCUGUUGGAGACGAUUUAUAUCAUUGGCAAGCAUCUAUCAUGGGUCCUCCAGAUUCUCCAUAUGCUGGAGGUGUUUUCUUUUUAUCUAUUCACUUCCCAACUGAUUACCCAUUCAAACCACCAAAGAUUGCUUUCACCACUAAAAUCUAUCAUCCAAAUAUCAAUGGCAAUGGUAAUAUCUGUUUGGAUAUCUUGAAAGAUCAAUGGUCUCCAGCUUUAACUAUUUCUAAAGUAUUAUUAUCUAUCUGUUCCUUGUUGACAGAUGCUAACCCUGAUGAUCCAUUGGUUCCAGAAAUUGCCCAUAUUUAUAAACAAGAUAGAAAGAAGUAUGAAGCCACAGCCAAGGAAUGGACAAAGAAGUAUGCUGUUUAGAAGAAGAGAAAGAGAUUGUGUCAUAUACGAAAAAAAAAACAAACUAUAAUGUUAUAAUGAAAUCAUAUUUGAAAUGAAAUAAAUUGAAUCACACAAAGAUUUUCAGUUUAUUUCUUAUAAUACGUCAUCAUAGUAUAUCCCCUUCUUAUUUUUCUUUGGAAAGAUUAUACAUAGCUUUAUCUCUUCAUUGGGAAUAAAUUAAUCCGAUAGACAAAACAUUCAACUUUGUAGAGUUUUCUAUUUGUAGGUAUAGUAUGUUUAUAGCAAGUACUUGUUUAUGUUGAAAAAAAAAUCUGAAGUUGGAAAAGCAACCAACCGAAAAAUUAUGGU